CAGCAGGCGCGCGCUGUUUCCGGAAGUUGCGGUUGCCGUCUCGGCUGCUGCUGCCUCAGCUACUGCCGCGGUCGCCGCGGAAUUCGGCGAGUAGAACCGCUGAGGCGAGCGCGGGCCCGUGUGGGGCCGGGGUUCCGGCAACUCUGCAGAAUGGAGAUAAUCAGGAGCAAUUUUAAGAGUAAUCUUCACAAAGUGUACCAGGCCAUAGAGGAGGCCGACUUCUUCGCCAUCGAUGGGGAGUUUUCAGGAAUCAGUGAUGGACCUUCAGUCUCUGCAUUAACAAAUGGUUUUGACACUCCAGAAGAAAGGUAUCAGAAGCUUAAAAAGCAUUCCAUGGACUUUUUGCUAUUUCAGUUUGGCCUUUGCACUUUUAAGUAUGACUACACAGAUUCAAAGUAUAUAACGAAGUCAUUUAACUUCUAUGUUUUCCCGAAACCCUUCAAUAGAUCCUCACCAGAUGUCAAAUUUGUUUGUCAAAGCUCCAGCAUUGACUUUCUAGCAAGCCAGGGAUUUGAUUUUAAUAAAGUUUUUCGCAAUGGAAUUCCAUAUUUAAAUCAGGAAGAAGAAAGACAGUUAAGAGAGCAGUAUGAUGAAAAACGUUCACAGGCGAAUGGUGCAGGAGCUCUGUCCUACGUAUCUCCUAACACUUCAAAAUGUCCUGUCACGAUUCCUGAGGAUCAAAAGAAGUUUAUUGACCAAGUGGUAGAGAAAAUAGAAGAUUUAUUACAAAGUGAAGAAAACAAGAACUUGGAUUUAGAGCCAUGUACCGGGUUCCAAAGAAAACUAAUUUAUCAGACUUUGAGUUGGAAGUAUCCGAAAGGCAUUCAUGUGGAGACUUUAGAAACUGAAAAGAAGGAGCGAUACAUAGUUAUCAGCAAAGUAGAUGAAGAAGAACGCAAAAGAAGAGAGCAGCAGAAACAUGCCAAAGAACAGGAGGAGCUGAAUGAUGCUGUGGGGUUUUCUAGAGUCAUUCAUGCCAUUGCUAAUUCGGGAAAACUUGUUAUUGGACACAAUAUGCUCUUGGACGUCAUGCACACAGUUCAUCAGUUCUACUGCCCUCUGCCUGCGUGCAGCUUUUGCCUCCUCCGUGAAGUUUUUGUUGCCUGCUACCUUGCCCAAGAGGACUUAAGUGAGUUUAAAGAGAUGACAACAUGUGUUUUCCCCAGACUCUUGGAUACUAAAUUGAUGGCCAGCACACAACCUUUUAAGGAUAUCAUUAACAACACAUCCCUUGCGGAAUUGGAAAAGCGUUUAAAAGAGAUACCUUUCAGCCCUCCUAAAGUUGAAAGUGCCGAAGGUUUUCCAAGUUAUGACACAGCCUCUGAACAACUCCACGAGGCAGGCUACGAUGCCUACAUCACAGGGCUGUGCUUCAUCUCCAUGGCCAAUUACCUAGGUUCUUUUCUCAGCCCUCCAAAAAUUCAUGUGUCUGCCAGAUCAAAACUCAUCGAACCUUUUUUUAACAAGUUAUUUCUUAUGAGGGUCAUGGAUAUCCCCUAUCUAAACUUGGAAGGACCAGACUUGCAGCCUAAGCGUGAUCAUGUUCUGCAUGUGACGUUCCCCAAAGAAUGGAAAACCAGCGAUCUUUACCAGCUUUUCAGUGCCUUUGGUAACAUUCAGAUAUCCUGGAUUGAUGACACAUCAGCAUUUGUUUCCCUUAGCCAGCCCGAGCAAGUAAAGAUUGGUCUGGAGGAGACUUCUGUGCUGCUCUACAAGAGAAGGAUGUCGUGAUUAAAGCACAGUCCUCUCUCCAUCCACCUUGCUUGGCUCCCCUUGAGGAAGCAGGAUGAAUAGCUUACCUGAUGAGCAGAAUCUGGAAGAGUCUGACACCCAAGGGCCAUUUGACAAGUGGAUGGGGCCACUGCAUUGAAGAAGGCAGGCCUGGAAACCAGCUGCUGGGGUCUCUUCUGGAAGCUGAGAUUAAGGAAUCAUUUAGAGUUUAGAGGCCACUUGCAGCUGUCAUGAUGGGGUCUUGUGGUCUGAAUUUCUGGAUUUCUGUAGGGAUGGCAUCACCUAUAGGAGGAAGCCCCAUUUGGACCUCACACCCAAGAUCCAUCUCCAGCACAGUCUACCAAGGAGUCCCAUGCUUGAGCGGAACAGGAAGGCGAUGCCGAGUCCUCAUGGGCUCCAUAAGAGGAUGAUAGUCCUCGUUAGAACCAUCAGAGGACGAUACUCCCUACCUGCCAACAAGUACCAGUGGGAGAUAUGGUUGGGCCACUGUCUGAUACUUUAUUGCUGCACCAUCACAUUUGGACUUUGUAAACAGCAGGGAACCUUUUGCACAACCAGGGGAAUGGAUGUGACUCUGAUGACACGAUAAGGAAUUUCUUUCAUAGGGCGCAGCGGGCUCCAAUGUCAGAGGGCUGAGAGACUGGGAGUGGCUGCAGUGUGCCCAGAAGUGGAGCAGUAGCCAGUAGUGACCUAUAGUUAAAGUGUUUUCUAUUCCGUGACUGAUCUGUGAGGGUGUUUAGUUGCUACUGACAUUGUUCGGAUUUUAUGGAAACUACAUUUUCAACUUUGCCACCCAUCUGGGUUACAAAACUUGAAAUGCUCCAGAUGUAACUUUGUGUCUUAAUUCCUUUUCACCAACCAGAAGGUGGUGCUGUCGUGCUGGCAACCAAUCCACCUUUCCAACUUCAAGUAAAACUUACUGAAAUGCUUAUUCAUGCUAAGUAAUGUGGACAGACUUAGCAUUCGGAUUCAACAGUGUAUCUCUCCUGCAGUUGUGCGGAAGCCUUCAGAGUUCAGAGCUGGAGAAGCCUGGCACACGGACCUUGGUUAGGCACUUGCUUAGGGCCAGUUUUGCACCGAGGGUGAAGUGACACUCUUAUAGGAGUCAGGGUGAAGAUGUCUGCUGAGUGCUGCUUGAUCUGUGUCCAGUCUUCCAUGAAACAGUUAAAGAAUUGUGACUAGAGAUGAGAGAAGUCUCUGUAAAGAGAAAACUUUUUUUCCCUCGUUUCUUACGGGGAAAGAUCUGUACCUAGAGGAAAACUCAUGAAUCCAGUUUAUAAGAAAUACUUAUAAAGUAAUCAUUAGUAAUUAUUUAAAGUAAUUAAUUGAAUACUCAACUAGUUGAAGUACCCAAACAAUCUCUCGGGUUAUGUUAGCCACUUGAAGGAAAUAAAAUUUAAAUAAAAUUAUUUUAUUUAAAAAUAAAAUGGUGUUUGAUGUAACCUCUCUGAGUCCUUAGCUCAAGAGGUUAAAGUGGAGAAGAGAAAAUUCAUUUUACCAGGCUGGGGAGAAUUCAGUGAGGUAAUGAAGGUAAAGUUCUCGACAUAGUGCCUGGCAUUAGCUGCUUGGUAAAUGUUCAUUUUCCACCCCCCACAUCACUCUAUUCAGGAAUCCAGACAAUUAAAAUAUCACAAAGUCAAUUUUGUAAAAAAGAUGUAUUGCUGCAUCAUGGAGACUGUGAGUGUAAAGGUCUUGGUGUUUGUAUGUAUGACUGGCUUGCAAAAUGACAGCAUGUCCCUCAGGUAGGGCCAUGUUUGUUGCUCUAAGUGACUUGCAGGUCUUCUCCUGUCUGUACCUUUUAAACGAGACAAAAGCUGCUGGCAGAAUGAUUUUUAGUUGUCUUUCCUUUUCUUUCCCAUGACUUCCUACAGCUGGAUUGCCAUUCUAAUUAAUCUCUUAUCAGUGCAGUCAGGGGUCUCCUUUGGAGCCUCUUGCGGGGGUCCCACUUCAGCAGUUACUAGAGCAGCUUUCUGUUACCGAGGUUAACUUUUGAGUAGGUUCAUAAGGAAUGUGAGGAUUCCAUAGGCACAGGAGAAGUUUGCUGUAAGGUGAAGUUGUACUUGUUAGGGCUAUGGAUUUAUUCUGACACUCAGUUUGGGCAGCUGGUUUGGGCAUGGUUUUAAAAAUACAGUCAGUCCUCAUUAUUCACAGAUUCUGUAUUUGUGAAUUCAGAUAUUCACAUUUUUUGUAACCCACAAUUCAGUUUUCACGUGCUUUUGUGGUCAUCCCCAGGGAUAUGCAGGUUGGGAAAAUUUUGUAUUGCCCAACGUGUGCUCCCAGCCAAAGCUGAAGGAGACCACAUUCUGCCUUCCAGUUUCUGCUCUUGUGCUGUAAACAUGGCUCCUUUUCACAGGCUUUUUGUGCCAGUUUUUUGUUUUGAAUUUUUGUCCUUUUUAUUAGUAAUUUUGCUGUUGAAAAUGACCCCAAAGCGUAGUAUUAGAGGGAUACCCAGUGUUCCUGAAUGCAAGAAGGCUGUGAGGUGCCUUACAGAGAAAAUACGUGUUAGAUGAGCUUUGUUCACACAUGAGUUAUAGUGCUGUUGGCGAUUAGUUCAGUGUUAAUGAAUCAACAAUAUAUUCACUAAGAUGUCUUUAAACAGAAACACACAUAAAACAAGAUAAUAUAUUGAUCGGUUGAUGAAAAUGUGACCAGAAGCUUGUAGGACCCUAAUCUUGUAUUUCCCUAGAAACAAUGACUCAGCAUUUGCUAAUUGAGCUUUCAUGAUAUCAAAAAGAAAAAAAAUUAUGACAGAUUUUGUUUAAAAAUCAUGAUUGGCUUUAUUUGCAGUUCUAGAAUGGGACAACAACUCAUUUUAUAAAAUAGAACGGGUGUUCCAGUGAGCUGGGCAGAGGAGGUUGGUUUUAUAGAUAGAGAAUGGUUGAAGAAAACAGAAACAGAAAACAAAAAGCAGAUUGGUCAUUUCAGAGUUACUUUCCUUGUAAAGGUUAAAGCAGAGGGAACUCAAUUUAUCAUGUCAGGUAAAACUGGCUUGUUUGGAGAUUUAACUAUUUACUCUCAUUUGGAUUCCCCACAAGGUCAGAUAGAGAAAUUAGUUUCAGCUUGAUGACAUGGAACUUUAACAUGAGUGACUCCAUUUCAGUUUGGACUAUUGGGCCUAGUUACAGGAGCUCAGUCCAAACCAUUGACUUCUAUACAUUUUAUUUAACAAAGAAGACUUUAUAGAAUAUAGCUGCAAGACUGGAGUGUUUGUUGCUCUCUGCCUUCCUUUCUUCACCAGGGUGUUUGACCCAACACCGUUAGGAAGAGGAUUUCUGGGCUGUCUACUUUUUAUUUUUUAUUUUUAUUUAUUUAUUUAUUUAUUUAUUUG